AUGGGUCGCUUGCGCUUCAGCAAGAAGGUCCGCGUGUUGGGUCCAGAUCUACAGCGCAAGAUCACAUUCUUCUCGUCAUUGGGAUUCGGGCUUGUGUGCGGCCUCAUAACUCUUCAUGCAGAGGAUCCGGCCGAGCUGCUUGGCGCAGGUCUGCCUCGCAGGCUGAAUUCAACAGAGGCCACUGACUUCUAUCCCGAUGACUUACUCUUGAAUAAACCAUAUUUCGAUGAGCCCAUAGGCAGGAAAUUCCUCGCAUUGUUUCACGUGGUUGGGAUUGCAUACUGCGUGCUGGGACUAAACACCGUUUGUGAUGUUUACUUUGCUGGAGCAAUCGACAUUCUGUGCGACACGUGGAAUUUGACGCCAGACGUGGCGGGGGCUACCUGGAUGGCUGCAGGUGGAUCGGCUCCUGAGUUCUUCACAUCCAUGAUUGGCGCCACAAUUGCACAGAAUGAUAUUGGUUUUGGCACGAUCGUGGGAUCUGCCGUGUUUAACGUCCUGUUCGUUGUUGGCCUGUGUGGCUGGGUGGCCAAAGGAAAUAUUGAUCUGACAUGGUGGCCUUUGUUCAGGGACUGCUCAUACUACAUUGUCUCUCUGGGCGUGCUGGCGGCAUUCGUCUCCGACCAGUAUGUCAAGCCCUGGGAGGCUGGCAUUCUAUUUGGAAUGUACAUUCUCUAUGUGCUGUUCAUGCUUGUAAAUCGGCCGCUGAAUGUGUGGGCGUACCAGAUGACCGGCACGCCCCUGAACAAAGAGCUCAGAGAUUAUGUGGAGGAGAAGCAGAAAGCCAGCAGCAAAGUUGAGCCCAUGGAGGCAGUUGAGGAAGCUGUCCCAGCAGCAAAGCAAGCUGACGAGCCACCCAAGCCUGCCAAGGACAACUACAUGGAGCCGGACAAAGUCGUGGUCAAGAGCACGCCAAUAGACGAUGAUGAUGGGAACGAGCCCGAAGAUCUAGCAGGAAAGGACAAGGACGACAAAAACAUGAGCAAGGACAACGGAAAAGAUGCUGGCGGGGAUGGUGAUGAUGACGAGGACGAUGAUGAACCAGACGACUUCAUGGAAAUACCUGAGGGCAUAGUUGGCAAAGUGAUUUGGGGACUCUGCCUGAUUGUGUACAUCCCGAUGUACCUCACACUGCCUUGGCCCUCUAAGGGCUCUAAGUUCUACAUGGUCACCUUCUUCCUGUCGCUUCUUUGGAUCGCAGCUUUCUCCUUCCCGCUGGUGUGGUUGACAGAAACCGUUGCUGCAGUCAUUGGAAUCCCAACCAUCAUCUCCGGGUUGACCUUCUUGGCGGCUGCGACGUCCAUCCCAGAUGCAGUCAGCUCUAUGGCCGUGGCUCGCAAGGGCCAAGCAGACAUGGCCGUCAGCUCGUCAGUGGGCUCCAACAUUUUCGACAUCCUCGUUGGGCUUCCGGUUCCAUGGAUGGUGAAAUGCGGCAUCGAAGCCAGCAAUCCUUCCUUCAAAGGCAUCUUCAUCAGGUCGCCAUUCCUUAUGUUCUACACGUGCCUGCUUCUGGGGAUGGUUUUCGGCACGGUCAUCAGCAUUAUGCUCAGCAAGUGGAAGCUCAACAAAUUUCUGGGCGGCUGCAUGGCUGUCCUCUACAUCCUGUUCAUCAUUGCUUGUGUUGUGAUCGAAGAGACCCAGCCUGCGGCACUGAUGACAAACCCGCCCUGA